CAUCUAACAAGAAAUUGUCUUGUGGAGUUUGUCGUCAAAAGAUUAAUGAAAACUAUGGACAAUACAUUUGCAUCAAAGGUUGCAACUAUGUAGUGCAUCCUAAAUGUGGUACUCGGAUGGGUGUGUGGGAUCUUAAGGAUCUUGAAGAAGAACCAGAAGAAGUAUAUGAAAAUCUCAACUCGUAUGAAGUGAUAGGUGCUGGAGUUAUACAGCAUUUCAGCCAUUCACAUAGACUAAAAUAUGUAAAAGAGACAAGCAACAUAUUGUAUGAUGAAAAAACGAAAUGUCAUGCAUGCAUACUUCCUGUUUAUGAUGGCGAUAUUUACAAAUGUAUGGACUCCAUGUGUGGUUUUCUACUCCAUGAAGCAUGUGCAAAUCUUCCUCGAAAGAAAGAUCAUAUGGCACAUCCUUUUCAACUCAUUCUGAAAAUACGAGUGUUGCAGAUUGGGUAGACAUAUGAUUAUAGAUGUCCGCUGUGCUGCAAUAUCCGAGCCAUUCAACCAUCAAUGUCACAUACAUCCCUUGUUCCUAACAAAUGAAAUUCAAGUUUAUAAAACAUGCUCUAUGUGUGGAAAAGAAGUAACUCCACCUUUAAACUGCAGCGAAUGUGACUUUGUUUCUUGCUUCCGCUGUGCCACAUUCCCAUUUAAAGUUAGGUACGAGCAUGAUGAGCAUUUUCUCACCCUUUCUUAUGAAGAAAUUGAAAGUCCCUAUUGGUGUGAGGUUUGUGAAGAAGUAAUAGCUUCAUCAAAAUGGCUUUAUACAUGUAAUGAAUGUGGAGUCACACUCCAUAUCGAGUGUUUAUUAGGGAAGGAUGUACCUUAUAUCAAUUAUUCUCUCGAUAUAUUUCUAAUCGGAAAUUACAAUAAGAAUAGGGUUACUAUAGUUCCGAACUAUGGUCUCAGCCGUCCCAUCUGCGAUAGAUGUGGAAGACGUUGCAAAGAUAAACAAAUACUCGAAUGUGAUGGAAGAAGACUUUGUUCCUACGAGGAGCUAGGCUGGCCUUUUAAGCCUCUUUUCCUUGACUUCCAAAUGCCUCUAAUUUUUAUGCAUUGAUGUAUCAUCAAUUAGGUUGUAUAAUAGUACUUCUUUUACUUGUAAUAUUAUGUAUAUGCAAUCAAUGAA